GCGGGAACGAGGUGGAAAGGUAGUUUUCUUAGAGCGUGUUAUCAGAUAUUCUCCAGCAACUUGCCUCACUUCGCGAGAAAGACAGUCAACAAAGAAGUUUGUACUCGUGAAGACUGUGAAGUAAUGUAGGCCAAACUCGUGAAGGAGAACCGUGUUGAUGAACAUCAGGUGUAUUGCAGUAGCUACUGUGAAGAAAUACGUUUAGUACACUCGGUAUUAUACGAUGAAGAAUAUUUAUCCAUACGUGUUGCUGUGUACGUACUUUUACCUAGCUGUGCUGGAGGAAUGCCGAGGUAAACCGGUGUUUCUUCCACCACUACGAACAAUGCGAAUUUACAAAGGAGCUCCCCCUGGUGUAUAUGUGACAACUUUUCAUUCUUACGACUCGGAUUCACCUCGAAAGCAAGUUAUGUUUAAUAUGAUAGAAGUACGAGACUACUCAUUUUUUCACCUGGAGCAAAUGACAGGCAUCCUCACAACAGCAAAAGAUAUUGAUGGAACUGUUGGACAUGUGUAUCAAGUAAUGAUCGUUGCUUUUAGCCAAGGAGAAACUGAGGUAAGACGUGUUCCAAUUGUGGUUACUGAGUUCAACAAAUAUCCUCCCAAAUUUGAGAAGGAGUUAUACUAUGGGGAACUACACGUUAAUAGUCCUGUGAAUACGUCUGUGUUACUAGUUCGUGCUUAUGAUGAAGACCUUUUAACCUAUAACUCCGAGAUUUUCUAUUGGCUUGGAAAAAAUGCACCGAACGAAAUUUUUCAAAUCGAUCCACGCUCAGGUCAGUUAACCUUCUCAAGACAGGGAAGUCAACCUAGACGUCGUAUUUCGUUCAACAUAGUCGCUGAAGAUGGUGGCUCCCCAUCGAGGCGGACACAAACUCGAGUCGAAAUUGUGUUUAAGAUCAUAUCUGAGCCUGUAGAAGUUCACACAAGAAAUGCUACGGACUCUUCUGUCUAUAUUUGUUGGAGUAAGCCGGAGUACGGGGAAGUGGCUGGCUACAUUAUUAAAUAUAGAAAAGUUGGUGACGAGGAAGAUGGCGCAACCAUUUUUAAUAUAACUACUAAUGCUAUCUCCAACUGCAUCAUUUUGGAAGGCUUGAAGCUCUGGACAGAAUACGAAUUCAGGGUUUACGGCUGGAAUGUGAAUGAAACUGGGCUUGGGAGUGCAGUAGUUCGAUUUACUACGAGACAUGAUUAUUGUCUUUUGAAUAUAUGCCAACAUGGGAACUGUAACAUGAUUAAAGAAGAUCCAGGUUACAAGUGUGAAUGUGCCGACGGUUACUAUGGCGAUGUCUGCGACCAGUUUGACCCUUGUUCCAUGAAUCCCUGUGAUAACCUUGGGAGCUGUAGACGUAUUUCCAAUUAUAACUAUAGCUGCGAAUGUAUUAAUGGAUUUUCUGGACAGAACUGUACUACAUUCAACCCCUGUGCAAUACGACCCUCACCAUGUGAAAAUGGUGCUUCAUGUGAAAGUAAUGUCAGUCAUACCUACACAUGCCUUUGUGUUAGAGGUUUCUAUGGCAAGACUUGCCAGCACUUUAAUUCCUGCUUCUUGAACCCUUGCCAUAACGGUGGAACGUGUCACAAUACUUCUUCCAACGAUUUUACCUGUGACUGUAACCCAGGUUAUGGCGGUGAACAGUGUGAAAUGAACAUUAACGAAUGCGACUCUAGGCCAUGUCUUAAUGGAGCGAAAUGUGAAGAUGGAAUAAACACUUUCAUGUGUUCUUGCAACUUGGGAUAUCAUGGUAGCUUGUGCGAGAUAGUAGCCCAGUGUCCACCCAUAGUAGAAACAACAAACCGAGGCGUAUUUUACUGGAAUGAAACUGAACAUGGAACGUUUGCACAGUUUGAAUGCCCAUACGGUGUUUUACACACUGGGCAUGAAGGUUUUGCCCAAAAACGCUGUCAUUUGUUGGAAAGUGGCUUAGUUGAGUGGGGAACUACUUACUUUAGGAACUGUAGAGAAGAGGGUUUCAAACGUGCAGAAGAGAUCACAGGGAAGCUAAAGAUCCUCACGAAGAAUCCAGAAAACAUGAACCCUCAAAAGCUUCGAGAAGCAACGAGGCAAAUUCAAGACAUUGUAAAUUAUGCUUUAACUGAUCACAAGGUUGCCGAGAAUAUGUUGUCGGUCAUUAGUAACAUGUUAGCCUUAAACGAUAGUGUCCUUGCUGAAGCAGACGAAAAUGGAACCACUACAAGCAGGUUAGUUUGGUUAGUAGAUAGAUACAUGUCAGAUGUGAAGCUUGAGAAAGGAAAGAGUAUCACACUUGAAACAGACAACAUUGCCCUGAAGGCUUUAUCCUGGGACCCAGAGCUUUCUGAGAACGCGGAAGAGGUUUUAAAAUUUUCACCAACACAUCUUGCACCAGGAACAUCCCAGGUUUCUCAAACCAAAAAUCACAUACCCAGAAACAAAGAUUAUGAAAAUAAAACAACAGACUCUUUAAUCUUUGUUCCUGUUGAAGCUGUUAGAAUUGCUGAGGCAGAAUUGAGUGAAGUUAGAGUAAAAUUUGUUGCCUAUAGGAACGAUAAGUUCUUCCGAAGUAGAAUACCUACUAAUGAGAGGCCAUAUCAAAUGGUACUUCAAGCAAGCAUCAGUGAUAUACGUGUAGAUAACCUCACAGACCCAUUAGUAUACGUAAUGAGGUCACCAGUGAUAGGCAAAGUUUUUUGUGUGUUCUGGAAAGAAAAAGAGAAAUUGUGGGCAACAGACGGAAUAUCAACCAACAAAACACAAAACUUUACCAUCUGCUCUUCUACACAUAUGACAGCUUUCUCGGUUCUUUUGGAUCCAACUCCUAAUACCGAAGUUAGUUCUGACCACCAGGAAGCGUUAUCCAUUAUAUCUUAUGUUGGUUGUGUUGUGUCUAUUUGUGGCUUGAUAUUGACUAUUCUUACAUACGCACUUUUUCGAUGUCUCAAUCGCGACCGUUCUGGGAAGAUUCUUCUCAAUUUAUGCGUGUCAAUGCUGCUGAUGAAUACUUCCUUUUUAGUUGGUUCUCAGCGUGGAUCUGGCGUGGCUGGUGUAGACAUUUGUGUCAUCGUAGCUGUUCUGAUUCACUAUUUUCUAUUGACGUCCCUAGCCUGGAUGUGUGUAGAAGCUAUUAAUAUGUAUCAAAUGGUGAUCCACGUGUUUGCCAGUACAGAAACUCGCUUUGUGUUGAAGCGAUGUUUUCUAGCUUGGGGUUGUCCAUUGUUAAUAGUUGGUGUUGCGGUUGGGAUCAAUUUUGAAGAGUAUGGUUACAAAAAUAAACUUUGCAUGCUUUCUCCAGCCAAUCCUUAUGUAUACUACAUCUCCUUCUUGGGUCCUUCGUGUCUCAUUCUACUGGUAAAUAUCGCUGUGUUUGUAAUGGUCACCAGAGUACUGUUCACACCUCGGAUGAACACUAAACCCAGAGUUCAGAUCGACAGUAGUUCUUAUGCAGUCAUCGCUGCUCAGGUUCGUGGAGCGUUCACUGUAAUGACUCUUUUGGGGGUCACGUGGGUUUUUGGAGUCCUGGCGGUAGGUAAAGCCAAACUGGUCUUCCAGUAUGUCUUUUGCAUUGCUAAUUCUCUUCAGGGCUUUCUCAUCUUUCUUGUCCGUUGUCUUCAAUAUCCAGAAGCUAGAAAUGGUUGGAUUCAAUUAGUCAAAACAAGGACUUUCAAAAAGCACCGAGGUGUUGUUCCGCCUGGUGGAUCUUGGCAUACAAAUUCAAACCCUGCUCGCAAGCAGUCCAAUGGUCACUCGGCUUCUGAUCAUAUUUUGAGCAGCACCAGUAGUGACACAACGAGCACUUUGGUGUAUUGGAAUCCAAUUCCAAACAAAGAAACUCCUAACCCCACAUUAUCCCGAGUUGUUAACAACACUAACCCUCUGGAAGAUGAAAACAGCUUUAAAAAUAAGAGUCAAUCAAAUCCUUUGGAUAACACUGAAGUCACUGUAAAUCCAGAUCGCGACACAAAUUACUCACCUUCACUCGAAGACUUGCCUGAUGGUGAUCCCUUUGCAUCAAUUGGAUUUAUUGAUGAAGAUGCUCCAACUAAUGGUGAAGAUGGGGUUUCAGGAGACGAAAGUGGCUAUCAGUCAUCAUCAUCACCAAAAUCAAAAUUUCCAUGGGAAUAUUGUUUUGCACAUAACUUUGCUAAUGAGGUAAUAGAUUCUAAAAGUGAAAAUGUUGCAAGUUCGAAAGGUACAAUGGCCCUCAGAGAUCAUUGUAACAGUUUUCAUUAUCAUCAUAGAAUUGGUGAUGAUGAGUCAACAAGUCAAUGUACAAAACUAUGUAUACAAGACUUGUUACAUCACCCAGAUAACCUAGACGAGGACUUGAUACUUGCUACAACUCCCUAUAAAUAUUUCAACCAAAGAAAAUUUUCUUCUCGUAAAACACACUCAUAUCCACGUUACAAUAACCCAACAAUAAAAAAACCCGAGGAUCUUGUACAGAAACUAGGCAAAAGUGUCUACGCAUUACCAUUGAAGUGUGAAUCAACUUAUAACCUAGACAUACGCUUUAAUGAAAGUUCCAAAACAGACGCUUGACAGUGAAGUAUUGGUUAUUAUCUACUGAUAUGCCUUCCGAGAGACACCGCAGUUUACUUUCGUGAAAGUUAUUUUUUAUAGAAAAGUUUCUGCAAAAGAAGCUUGUAGAAUAUAUGUUUAGGAAACAUUUGAAUAUUCCUACAGAAAAAACAAAUCGUGUACAAGCUGCCAAACCACAAAAUUAAAACUAGCAGUCAAAUCAUCCUAAAAGCGCUAGUUAUUUAUAUAUUAAACGUAAAGGCCACUAUUUUCUUCCGGCACAUUAUGAAUAUGUGCAACAGGCGUAAUUUAGAAAUCUUACUUUAAAAUAAAAACUUAGUGUGAUUAACGAUUAAACUUUCUAAAACCUGGCCUUGUUUAG